AUGGAUAGAAUCGAAAGAUUUCUGGGGAGAAGGCCAGUGAAAGGCCGACGCAAAGUCCAGUCCCAAGGCAAGGAGUUCUUGAUAACAAAAGAGGAUGUGAAGCUCAUAAGGAGCUACAAGAAGAACAUCUGCAUGGAUCCAGAUGUCGAUCUGUACAGGCCGUUGAACUUAAGUUUCAGCAGAAAGACGAUGAACGAAGGAAUGGAAACAAGGAAGAAAGUGGUGGUACCGAGAGCCGGAGGAAGGCCAAAGAAGAAAGAAAGAAGCAUCCGAAAAGAAGUUAAGAAAAGGGAUAAGAACGAGAUUGUGGACAUUUGGGAGGAAGAGGGUCUUGAGGAGCUGAAUAGUUAUGAACAGGACAUGGUUGUAAAAGUGGGGGAUGCAUACACAGGGGCUGUGGAGGCACUAAGAUAUGGAAGAGAAGAUCUUGAAGGCAGCCUAAGAAGGAUAUACUUGAGGCUCUACGAGCCACGAGAUGGAAAGAAUUACAGGCUAAGAGAUCUUAUCAAGGAACUGCCUAAGACAGAGACCCUAAGGCCGUUUCCAGAGGAGAUUGGAUUGUCGUUUAAGUUUUCGAAGGCAAUCCGUGUUGGAAUCAGCCAAGAUUUCAAGAAAUUUGGAGUGGGAGAAGGAAGGAAGCUUGGGAUUUACGAGUUUAAAAACUUUGUAAAGCUGAGACAUAUCCUCUUUGAUUCGGAGAUACGGAAGAUAAUGUUUGCAAGGAAUGGGUCUAUAUGUACGUUGCUAGCAGACAACACCAUCUGUGUUGUGGACGAUAUUUAUGGAGGAGAUGCGGAGAGUUCCAAGGAAUCUUUUAUUUCCAAGGAAUUUCCUGCGUGGAGCAGAAAGGAGGCAGAAGAGGGAGCAGAAAGGAAUGCAUUUGUGUGCACGGUGAUAAAUCCCGAGGGAAAGAUAAAUGAUAUAGAAGCCCAUGAAGAUGGUAAGCAUAUUAUUGCAGUUUGUGGAAAGAAGAUUAUGGUCUACAAUCUCAAGGAACGGAUAGGGCGGGAAGUUCUAAGGGUCCGGGGAGCCACGCCUUUGAAGGCCAAGUUCCAUAGAUCUUUGAGCACAAUGAUUGUUUCCACAACAAAUUCGUUAAUCAUCUACGAUCUUGUGUCCAAGGAAAUAGUAAGGGAAGCCAAGGAGUUUUCGUUUGUCCUUGACUUCUUUAGUGUUGAGGAAAGUAAGGUGGCUGUGGUAAACAACACGAACAAAAUAAUUCUGUACGAUUGGUUGAAAAACAAUGUGCAAAGAACCAUGCUUCAAGAGGAUGUGGGGAUGGAGGUGGUGCAGCAUGGAAGACUCAAUCUGAUGUGUGUUGCAUAUCCCACGGAGAUGGUUGUUUUCUACAACGACGUAACAAACGACCUGGUGGUUCCUGUAAAAAGGAUUCCGGGAAGGUAUAGAGAUAUUUCAUUCCAUCCGCAUCUUCCCUGGCUGUAUGGAGUCGGAGGAAAUAGACUGGAUGUGUUUACGUGA